UGGGCUCUAGACCUGACCGUCUCGUCUCCAAUUCAACGGGGCCGGUGAGGCAGUUCAGGUGUCCGGACGUCCUUUGAGGUUGGUGAACGGCUGGUUCUGAUACGCCUUUUCAUGUUGACCUCCGCCACAAAUUGUUUUGUUUCCAGAAAAUCGCGUCGCGUUCGCUGGACAACUUCGCACAGCUCCCGGACCAUUUCUUUCUCGCCCAACCUGACCAAAAAAUACAGCUAGCUCAAUCCGCACACGAUCUGUGGGGAUCAGACAUUCAGACUUCAUCACGAAAAAGAAAGAAAACAGGCAGGCAGACACGCAAAGAUCAACGCAGCAGUUUCUUCCGCCUUUGCGUCUGCCACAUCGAUCCGGGCAGCAGCCAGCAGGCUUGAUCGACGCGAUCGAGUUCCUGGUCAGAGCAUGUCUCGGGAGCACCAUGAUCUGGGGAGAGCUGGCGGCACCGGCACCGGCACCGGCAGGCACGGCAGCAGCAGCAGCAGCAAGGCGUUUGUGUGGGACACGGGGAGCUCGCUGUACGACUCCUACGAGCUGGCCGCCGUGCGCCGGCUCCUCGACGGGCGCCUCCGCGCCGCCGGUGCCGGCGUCCUCCCUCUCCCCGACGAGGUCGAGCCGCCCGCCGCGGCAGAGCCGGGGGCCGAGAACAAGCGGGUCGCCGUGGCGGCCGGAGCCCGCAGGAAGGUGACGCUGCGGGCGCUCUUCAGGGCGGUGGCCACCUGGGCGGCCAGGCCAAGGCAGGCGCCGCUCGCCUGCGCCUGCGCUGGUACGGUGCAUCGUCAGGGUGGUGCCUCGGUUGAGCCGGCGGAUGUGCCGUCGCAUGGCCAACUUUGAUCGCCACUGCUGAAAGCUAGAUGGUCCGUUUUUGCAUUGGGGCAGGCUGUUCUUCUUCUUUUUGAUUGAUGUGUGGUGUGGAUGUGUUUUGUGUGUCAAGUGUGUUGGCCUGUCCAUGCUGUUGUUGUUCAUGGUCCCACCAACCAAAUCUGUAGGGAGAGGAAGCCUGGUCAGGCUACGGAUUUGUCAUUUGUGUGUGAGCACUUGGAACA